GCACCCAAAUAACGUAGUUCUCUCAGCUCCAAUUCAUUUUGCUACAUGCAUUAGCAAAGAAAUUUUAAAUUGUGCACCAAUUCCAAUAAGCUACAAUGGUAGCUUAAUUCAUAACCCUGUAAAUAUAGACACAUCCUUAGUUUGCUUUCAUUUAAUUACCCAAUAUUGUGGAAUUUUUGACCUUUCGUAUAUGCAAAGAAAGAGUCAGUGGUCUAUCUCACAAGAAGUAAAUGUUAAUUUUAAUCAAAUAGAACUUUUAACUAUUCACUCCUAUGACGAUGCUAUAAAAGAAAAAGAAAAAGAAAGAAAUAUGGAAGAAGUGAGGCUAGUCGAAUUUAAAGAAAGUAAUCUUCAUACACUAGAAGAUUACUUAAAUGCAUUAGAAAUGAUUAUUUCAGUAAAUAAGAAUAUUGGAU